AUGGCGUCUACGCAGCUAACAGAUGAGCAGCUUUUCUCCGAGUUAAAACGUCUAGGGUUCACCCCGGGCCCGCUCACUGAGAACACACGGCCCGUGUACCUAAAAAAGCUUAAAAAGCUACGCGAGGAACAACAACAACAGCGGUCCCGGGGCGCUAAAGGACGCAACAGCGGCAGCAUCAGCAACAACAGCGGUAGCGGCGGUACUAACGGCAACACGGCGGCGGGAGCGUCGGGCUUCAGGACCAGGGCACCCCUGAACGCGGCUCCGAGCCCCGGCGGCCGUCGGGAUCUGAACGAAAAGCGCACGGACAGGGCGGGGAAGUUCGUUUUGGGAUUUAGCUCUGACGAGUCGGACGCAGAAGCGCCGCUGAAAAAAGGAGGCCCGAGCCAUAAUGGCAGUAGGAGAGACCGAGGCUCGGGACCGCAGUCCCGGUGUGUAAGGCCUACGCAAGAAACACCAGCCGCCGCUCGGAGGAGUCCCGGAGCCCAUCUCGGGCUGUCGGCGGUGCGGCGGAGCGCCUUCACAUCUCCAUGGUGGACAGACCAGGCCAAAUCGGACUUGGGGGAGACGCAGUCCUGCGUGGCGAAGGAUAACGAUUACGGCGAGCCAGAGGAGAGAGACGAUUCUGAAGAGGAGACGGAGAAGAGCAGCCGAACUGUGAACGGGAACAGGGCGUCUUACGCGGCAGACGCUAGUAAGCUGGCCGGGGAUUAUUCCGAUUCGGACGAGGAGGAGGACCGUGAAGGCCAGCGUUAUCGAGCACGCCGACAUCUUUCCAGGGGUGAGCCGAAGUCCGCUUCGUCUCCGUACCGAAGUGUCCGGGAGUCGGAGAGUGGUCAGGAGAAGGCGUCGGGCAUCAUCGCAGUAAAUGACCCUCCUGGCGUUGGAAGUCUAGACGUGAUGGGGGAGCGGGGGGAGGACGAUGAUGAAACAAGCGAGUUUAGCGGUGGCUUGUUCAACCGCAGUUAUCCAAAAAGUUCUAGUUUCAUAUCCGGCGUUAUGGACGAGAAGGACGGGGAGACUAGCAGCAGCAGGCCCGCUGGGUGCAGUAAGAACCACGUCGACGGCGGAGAUGGCGUAGCGAGCAGGUUUAGGAUCGGGCUCAGACCUCGCUUUUCCUCGUGUAAUAAUAGUCUGUCCACGACCUACCGACCUAACCACUCGAACCACACAGGCUCGAACCAUAGCUACAGCCAGGCCGCCCACAAACAUAAGCAGGCGGUUCCCGAGGACGAGCUCCUCCAGCAGUUCCGAAGGGAAGAGGUGUCUUCGACCGGCGGCUUCAGCGCACACUACCUGUCCAUGUUUCUGCUGACCGCUGCCUGCCUGUUUUUCGUUGUGCUUGGCCUCAUGUACCUGCGGAUGCGGGGGUCCAGCGCUUCAGAGGGAGUUGUUGCCAAGAGCCACCCAUUUGGUACAGUCUUUGACAACUCAUAUAACAAUACAGAGAAGGACCUCAUCCUCAGUCUUUUGCUCCAGCUGCAUGACCAUCUGGCUGAUAUUGCAGGAGAACAUGACUGCAAAGACCUCACCGACCCAUUAAACAGAAGUAUCUCCUUCUCAGAGGCCACUCAGUACCUAAAGCUCCGAAAUAAGGAUUAUGAAAACUGGAUACAAUCUUCCCUGGAGUGGAUCAUUAAAACAGGAGAGACUGCUGGUAUAAGGUUGAUUGCAGCAGACCCCACACAGCCAGUGGAGGAUGUGUCUGAGAUCUAUCGUCUGGAGUCAACCCACCCCCGCAUGUCCUUCCUCUGCCGCUUCCGGCGAGCCUUCUUAAUUGUUAUCUACAGAGCAAUCCUCAUCCUCACUGGCAUAGGUGUUGUCUGGGGCUUGAUGUGUUACAUGAAGUACCGCUGGAGGAGAGAGGAGGAGGAGACCAGGCAGAUGUAUGACAUGGUGGAAAGAAUCAUAGAUGUGCUGAGGAGCCACAAUGAGGCGUGUCAGGACAACAAGGAGCUGCAGCCCUACCUGCCUAUCCCUCACGUGCGGGACUCGCUCGUGCAGCCCCAGGAGAGGAAGAAGAUGAAGAAAGUGUGGGACAGGGCCGUAACUUUUCUGUCUGCCAAUGAGUCCCGUAUCCGGACAGAAACUCAGAGGAUCGGGGGAGCUGAUUUCCUCGUGUGGCGGUGGCUUCAGCCCUCCAUGUCCUGUGACAAGAUGUGCAGCAUACCCUCCAAAGUGUGGCAGGGCAAAGCAUUCCCUUUGGAUCGAAGAAAUUCGCCACCCAACAGCUUGACGCCAUGUCUGAAGAUCCGCAACAUGUUUGACCCUGUAAUGGAGAUUGGGGAAAACUGGCACCUUGCCAUUCAUGAAGCCAUCCUGGAGAAAUGCAGUGACAAUGAUGGGAUUGUCCACAUCGCUGUUGACAAGAACUCACGAGAGGGCUGUGUUUAUGUGAAGUGCCUUUCAGCAGAGCACGCAGGUAAAGCUUUCAAGGCUCUUCACGGCUCUUGGUUUGAUGGAAAGCUGGUGACUGUGAAGUACCUGCGCCUGGACCGCUACCACCAACGUUUCCCACAGGCCCUGGCCUGCAGCACGCCCCUGAAACCCUCCAACUCCAGCAUGAACACCAUGGUCCGUCUGCACCAGCGUUCCAGCCCAUCCAGCUCCCUGGCCUUCUCCUGAGGGCCUUGCGGACCACUCCUCAGCCUCCAGCGCCUCCUCUUACGCCCCCCCCUCCCCUCCCCCC